AAGGCAUUGUGAUACUUGAAAAUCGAGCAAGAGAUAUAAGGUGAUGCAAAUUUUCAUUUAUUUUUAUUUGAAUAUAUAUUCUCUAUUGUUCCAGUAAUGGAAUAUAUUAUGGUGGGAAACAUAAAGCUGGUUUAGGAAGACGACUGUGAGACUCAAGUGAUGAUUUUAAUUAGUUAAACUGGUAAAGCUAUAAUCAACUGCGUUAGGAUUCCAAAGUUUUGUAGGUUCUGCAUAACGUGUAAAAAUAAGAAUUUUUUUUAGCUCAAGGCACAAUUUUCAGAAGUUAAAAUGAAACUGAAAUUAUAAAAACCCAUCUGCCUUGAAUGAAUGAUAAAAGACGCAAACCCUUCCAAAGCUGAAAUAGAAAGAGCUUGAGAUAAACCUGGAAACCAAAUGGAGCAGCAAAACAAAACAGUUAAAUAACUUAGAUAAGAAAAGAGCUAAAAUUGGAGGCAGGUUUGAUAUAGCAGCUACAUAGUUAGUAGCUUUAUUAAACAUCAAAAGAAGCAGCUUUUUAAAAAGCUCCGCUAUGGUUGGAGGCGGAAGAAGCUCCGCCCUUCUCUCCCUGGUUUCCCUGGUAUUUGUAAUCUGUUCCCUAUUCGCCUUCGUCGGGAAAAAUCUUGUAAUCGGCGGCUGGACGGCAGAUACUUCACAGAUAUCACCACUCAGAUGGGUGAUUGCAACAGCUGUAUCGGUUAUUGUUGUAACCUACGGACACAGCAGACGUUCAUUAUCAACGUCGGGAGCUCUUCUGGCCCUUUUAGUUGGGUUUUGCUUGACCCUGGCUCAUUACAGUUUUUUCUUCUCUCUUCUUGCAUUCUUCUUGACAUCAAGCAGGGCGACCAAAUACCGCCAAGAUUUAAAGAAGAAAUUUGAAGAUGAUUUUAAAGAAGGUGGCCAAAGAAACUGGCUGCAGGUUUUGUGUAAUGGAGGAAUGGCAACUGAAUUAGCACUCUUGUAUCUACUAGACGUGGGAUCCUCAGAUUUGCCUGUAGACUUCAGGCACAGUUAUCGAGCUUCCUGGCUAGGUAUUGGAGUACUCGGUGCUCUCUCCUGCUGCAACGGGGACACGUGGGCUAGUGAGCUUGGAAGUGUACUCUCAAGAGGAGAUCCUUGGCUUAUUACAUCACUAAGAAGGGUUCCAAGAGGAACUAAUGGCGGAAUAUCUAUUCCAGGCUUGUUGUUGAGCUUUGUGGGCGGGCUAGUCAUAGGUGUGGCAUAUUGGCUCGGGGUCAUCUGUACAUCACUAGGUGGAGAUCUGGCCCGUGCUCCUGAUCAAUGGAAAAUUAUUCUAGUUGGAGGCAUCGGAGGCCUACUGGGGAGCAUCAUAGAUUCACUCUUAGGUGCAAGUUUGCAAUUCUCCGGGAUAGAUGAAAAGACUGGAAGGGUGGUGGAGGUAGCCAGAGAAGGUGUUACAAAAGUAUCAGGUCAGUUCCAGGAUUCAAGUAUUUAAUAGAUCAUUACACAC